AUGAACGGCAGCCGUGUGGUUGAGGCGUCCCGAGAGUACUAUGAAGACCUGGAACAUUUGCGUUACAGAUGCAUGGAACUCCUUGACGAUUAUCACGAGCCCACCUCAUUCUGGACAUUGGGCGACCCGCCCCCGCCAAAACCCGAGAAGCCCCAGGGCCAGAUCUUCACCGAUAAGCCUUACCGACACUGGCCCUUGGUGCGGGGAGUGUGGGACCCUCUUAAGCACGGCUGGCCUCCGGAAGGGGUCCGGCUCUCCGAUGCCUGGAUGUACCAGGUUUUCAGAUAUAUGAGCAGGAACGAACGCACUACCCGAUACUGGAGUGAGUUCCAGGGGGACGGGGCCAUCCGGGCCAACCGCGUCCCCAUGGGCGAGACCUUCGUGGGUGUCGCGCACGGUCUCGAGUCCUAUCCGGUGUUCAAGGGCUGGUACGUGCUCUGCGGGGGUGCGGUUGCGAAACGAUACAAAACCUGGAUGCUAUCUCCCAGCAGCUAUACCCGAAUUGGCGGCCUGUCUAAUCUGAGCUCCUUGUUCUUUGGUGUCGUCUUCCCUCAGAAAGGACAGAUCCAUAUCCAUCGCGAGGAGCUGAAGGCUCACUACUUCGAGCAUGUGAUGCAUAUUGGGCGUUAUCCGCGGGCCGUUGUCGUGGGGGUCGAGCAGUGGGUUGCCUGCUACAAUGACUACGCGAUCGUCUAUAAUGACAAAUUUCAGGAUUUGCCGUAUCGUAUCGUGUGCUUGCAGCAGCUGGAGCCGCAGUGGACGUGCACCCCUGACCCGAAUUCAGAUCGACUUGAAAUCCGCCAAGGGCCUGUGGUGAAUCCAACCCCCAGUCGAUGGUCCUUCGCACCAGUGCCUCCGGAUUUCCUCGUGCAGUUUUGA